GCGCUCUCGCGCUCUCAUUGUUCCAGCCCAGUAUCUGGGAGUCAGUCAGGGGGGACCCCGAUACCCGGCCAGGAGGAGGAGUACCGGAGCCGGACUCAGACAGCCGCCCCCCAAUACCGGGAUCUGGGGGAGCUCCAUGUGACCGGCUGUGACCCCCACCCGUCACUCAGACACCCCGAUGGGGGGCAAGCAGAGCUCGGCCUCCCGCCCCAGGGGCCCCUUCCCCGGGGUGUCCUCGGAUGACACGGCCGUGCCCCCCUCCUCCCACUAUGGACAUUACAGGACGGGGGGCCCCAUGGGGCCCAGGAGCCGCUCGGUCAGCUCGGUGUCCGACCCCCCCGGGCCCCCAUUCGGCCUCUACCGGCCCGAGGCGGACAGGGGGGGCAGCUCGGGGGCCGAGGACUCAAGGGGGGGCCUGUACCUGGGGCCCCGGGCCUCCCUCACCGACCCCCUGCAACUGGCCCCCAGGUGGAUCGGGGCCCAGAGCGGAUUUCGUUGCCCUAUUUGUUCCAAGUCUGUAGCAUCAGACGAGAUUGAGAUGCACUUUAUUAUGUGUCUGAGCAAGCCACGGCUGUCCUAUAAUGAUGAUGUGUUAACAAGGGAUGCUGGCGAGUGUGUGAUCUGCCUGGAAGAACUGACACAAGGGGAUACGAUAGCAAGGCUUCCCUGCUUGUGCAUUUACCACAAAAGCUGUAUAGAUUCCUGGUUUGAGGUGAACAGAUGUUGUCCUGAACACCCUUCUGAUUGAGCCUCAGUUCUGCCUGGCUGACUUUACUUUAAGGAUGCUGGGUGCUGCUCACAGGAUCCGGGCCUGUAUUCUGCAUCGUGCCAGGGUUGUUUGAACUGCUUUCCUCACAUGCCCCCUUCAGUUACCCUGAAAUGGAGACCUGGGGAACAAACUGGAGACUCUUCCAUCAUCUAUAAAUAUACCUGGGGAGAAAGCCAAUGGGGAGAGCUGUGUCACUUCGCAGUCAGAAGGCCCAUUGCCGUGCCAUGUGAGUUUGGCGACACGUGGAGGUCAUAGGUCACAGGAAUGUCUGCUUUUUGGAACGAGGACCAAAGGGUGGAGACAGGGAAGGACACAGAGGGAUGUGUUGCAAUCCAUGCUGAGCAUACACACACAUAAAUAUAUAUAUAAACACAUUAUAUAAAUCUACUUGUUUUUGCGGCACUUUACACAGAACUGUUCGAUUUCGUUUUUGAUGCAGAGGAAGUAUCCUGCAUGUGCAGAGUCCCAGUAGGUAUUUGCAGUGUGGAGACGCGGAGGGAUGUUGUUUUUCCAGUUCUUGCUUUGCUGGUAACACGUUUUUGUCUUGUCACCUGGAGGGUGGUUUCCAGUGCUUCCCAUUUAGAGCUCCCCCCGGUGGAAGGCACUAGUUCAGUGUGUCUUGUCAUGCCAGCUGAUUGAUAAAGCAAAGGACUGAUGGACUUCUUGACGAUGCAGAUCUUCUUUUUUUUGCGGGGGGGGGGGGGGGUGGAGUGCAGUGUGGCAUGGUGCCCAGUGAUACCCGUAUGCCCAUAGCCUGAUGAAAAAUGUGCAGAAAACUAUCAGGUAGUCCAGAUUUAUAAUGAAAUAAUGCCCCUUCCCUUUCACCUGGAGGCUCAAAAUGUGGCAAAUCAUGUUCCUGUCUUUUUCCGUUCAAAUCUCCAUAUGCCUCUAAUGGAAGAAGGCUAAUCUGUUUGUGCAUGUUGGCGCCAUUGUAGCUACAUCUGACUUUUAGUAUAAUUGUGUACGGGUAUCCAAAUCUAUAUAGGUAGUUUAGCAUUGUGUCUUCUUGUGGUAGGGAAGUCCCAGAAUCCUUUGCUGAUUUUACCAAUCCCUGAGCAAAGCUUGUGUGCCUUGACACUAGGUUCUUAGAGGGCCCUCAAGUCUCACAAACGUAUGGGUUUAGGAUCCACUCACAGUAGUGCAGGGAACAGCUCAGGCCAGCUGAAGCUCGGAGAUCCUAAAACCUUGCUUUGAUUGAAGGUUCUGAGAAUCCUGGUUUAGUGGAACUCUCCAGAAAGGAAUGCCACCAUCCCUGGGUUCCCAAAUCCUUGCCAAUGCACUAUCUUCUCCUAUUGUCUAGCAGAUGGCCCCAGUGUGUCGGUACCCCGGCUAUAUCUGGAGAGACAGACCCAUAGACACCCUGAAUGCUGGACUGACAUAUUCUUCCUUUAGUGAAAAUUCCUCAGAUGUGUGCCAAAACUGUGAGCAGAAUAAUCUGAUUUAUCCAGCUUUCUGGCUCUAUUCAAUACUGCUUCAGACCCGAUAAGCUUUUUAGUAACAUUACAGAAUGUUCAGCCUAGCUAGUAACAUUACUCCCGAGAGCUCGGCCUAGCUAGUAACAUUACUCCCGAGAGCUCGGCCUAGCUAGUAACAUUACUCCCGAGAGCUCGGCCUAGCUAGUAACAUUACUCCCGAGAGCUCGGCCUAGCUAGUAACAUUACUCCCGAGAGCUCGGCCUAGCUAGUAACAUUACUCCCGAGAGCUCGGCCUAGCUAGUAACAUUACUCCCGAGAGCUCGGCCUGGCUAGUAACAUUACUCCCGAGAGCU